CACUCGCUGAGGGGGGAUUCUCUGAGACGCGUGGUAGCUUAAAUGCGGUCUUCAUUUCUCUGUCAUCUUCAGCUCACUGAAGAUCUGUCUUUAUAUUUCUGUCAUUAGAUUUUUUUUUUUUCCUGCUCCUUUUAUGUCACAACUUUGCUGCCAAGCUGCAUAGACGCAAUGGAAGAGAACUUAGAACUGGAAAAAUAUUUUUUUUCUUUUAUUCACCUUUUGUUUCACCUCACGGACCCCGAGCUGCUUUUAUGGAGUGUGAAAUUUUGGACAUACAUGCCAAGUUUGGGAGGAAAAAGUUAGACAAAAGCAUGGCUGAUGGAACUGGUGAAACGUGCUGAAGGCUUCUUUCAAACAAGACAACACAGCAUCUUCUGAGAUGACCACUGUGUCCAUGGCUCCUGUGGAAGUCCUGGUGGGAAGGAGCACCAACGCCACCGACCCCCCUCAGAGCUCUCAUGAGGACCCAGCUGUCACCUUUACCAUUGGCACUAUCCUCUCCAUCAUGUUUCUUGUGGGAGUCUUGGGAAACAUCUACACCCUUGUGGUGAUGUGCCAUUCCAUGCGGAACGCAGCUUCAAUGUACAUUUAUAUCAUAAACCUAGCGUUGGCGGAUCUGUUGUAUCUGCUCACCAUCCCGUUCGUAGUGUGCACACACUUCCUAAAGCGGUGGUACUUUGGGGAUGUUGGCUGUCGGAUCCUCAUUAGCAUGGACUUUCUGACCAUGCACGCCAGUAUCUUCACACUGACCAUCAUGAGCACUGAGCGCUACUUUGCGGUGCUCAAGCCAUUGGAUACGGUGAAACGGUCGAAAAAAUAUCGAAAAGCCAUUGCGCUGCUAGUUUGGGGCGCUUCUUUUAUCCUCACAUUACCGAUGAUCGUAAGCAUUCAGCUGAUGAAGGUGGGCAACAAGGCUAUGUGUCUUCCCACCUUGUCAUCCCUGUCCUAUAAGAUUUACAUCACCUUCCUUUUUUGCACAAGCAUUGUUGCCCCAGGACUGAUCAUUGGUUACCUCUACAUCCAGCUUGCUCGGACUUACUGGGUUUCACAGACGGUGACCUUCAAAACGACCAAUAAGCUUCCCAAUCUGAAGGUUCUCUACCUGAUUUUCACCAUCGUACUCCUAUUUUGGGCAUGUUUCUUGCCUUUUUGGAUCUGGCAACUCCUGGGUCAGUACCAUCCGACACUGCCCCUGUCCUCCGCAGCGAAGCGCAACAUCAACUACCUGACGACAUGUCUGACGUACUCCAACAGCUGCAUCAACCCAUUCCUAUACACAUUGCUCACCAAGAACUACAAGGAGUACUUAAGGAAGCACAACCGGUCCUGGUCAGCUGGGAGUUUUUUUGACAGGAGGGGGCGUUUGCAGCGCUCGCCACGCAGGUCGCCAUCUGCAAGCAGUCAGCAGUGUACAGAGAGCUUCAUGCUCACGCACACAGCCUCCUUGCGUGCCCACAACAGCAGCUUGUGAGAUCUGAGAGAACUGUGCUGAAUGAUGAAAAGGACCAAACAACCACAUGGAAAUGGGACUCGGAUGAACCCUUCAUAUCUACGAAAUGAACAGAAUAAGUGGAAACAUGACAAAUGUGUGCACACCAACACAUGUUAUAAUAGACGCUCGUGAGAUAAAGCUUUUAGAAACUGUGUACUGAACAAACAAUGCGUAUUCAUACAUGUGUACCCAUUUGUAUUUUCCAUGAAUGAAACAUAGGAAUGACCUUCAUGCUAAAUAAGUAUACCAUCUGUGCUCCUUGUUUUGCAAUAUGUGAGUCGGCAUGGCCAAAUAUGUAAUAUAUGUGCCAGAAAUUGUGUUUAGGUUAUUGAAGCUAAUUCAGAGCAUAUAACAGAUGCCGUGUUUGUGUGGAUUAUCUUUUUCUGUCUAAAAAUGCAUGGUUGUGAAACAAGUGUAGCAGGGUUCAGAUGUCACCACCUUAACAUCAAUCAUAAAUGCAGUAAUUCAUAAUUAAGUAUUCCGACCUCGAUUAAUUGAAAAGAUAUGCUCAGAAAGAUACAAAGAUGUAUGAAAGCCACAUUGAAAAGGAGAAAAUGGCAACAUUCCAAGAAAAUGGUCAAAAUGUAACAAGAAUGCGAAGAAACCAAUUUGGAAGACGUUCACAAAUGUUUAAUCUGCGCACCGCCUGUGCUACAACACACAUUUUGCUUUUUGUCUUCCUCUUUGGAUUUUCUGUUCAAUGUCCAAAUGUUUUCCAGUUUUUGUAUUUUAAUUUGUCAAAAAAGCACACUGCACACUCUUGAUCAACUGUGUUGUUAUGCGUAACUGUAUUGUAAAACACAAAAUGCCUUUUAAUUCCAAGUGAAUGUCAAUCUUCAACCUGAAAAAAAGAAAACAUUAAAACUUAAGUUUAACAUUUUUUUAACAUUGGAACUAAUUUGAUUAAGAACUGAUUAAUGUUAUUAGAUUAUGAAAUUAUUUUUGAAGCACAAUGUAAUUUUGGUUUCAGAGAUUUGUCUCAUAGUAUUGUGGCUUGAUUUUAAUAAUGCAUAAUUUUUCUUGUAAAAUUCUGACUUUAUUGUUUUCGGUGUGGCCCAAAUAUUUCUUUGUAGAAAUUUAACGUUUUUUUUUUUUUUUUUUAAUUAUACAGUACUGUGUCACUUUGACCUAAAACUGUCACCCUAACACCAAAAUAAUUUCAGCAUCAUUGACAUUUAAAGGAGACAUAUUAUGCAUUUUUUUAAAAUAUUUGUACAUAGUUCCUAGCUGUCUUAAGAACAUAUUUGUGGCAUGCCUUUUUCAAAAUACCAAAAGGAUCAAGAAUAAAAUACAGUUGUUGUUUUUUUUUAAAUUUAUGCCAUGGUGAAAUUGGCUCAUUUUAGAGGAUCUUUUCGAAAUCUGUCUCAUGCACUGUCCUCAACCCGCCCCACAUACUGUGUACUGCUGCAUUCAUUAGAUUGAUAACCAGUGGGCUGGAAGACCUCGCCAUCAUAUUAAAAGAGCACCAGAUUAAAAUAUGUCAUUGCGCAUUUGCGCACCAAGCAUUUUGCAUUUUCAUGUUUUAUUUUGUGGAGAGCUGGGUAUUUUCAUUGCGGUAAUUACCACCACUAUUCUACAACAGUAGGAUAAAGUGCAGAACAGCACACUCACAGACAUUAACAAGUCAAAUCAGAAACAUCUAAAAAAAAACAGAUACAAUAAUUUCACUCUGUCUAAUAUAUAUAUUUUUUUUUCAGUUUUCUCAUAACUAGUAUGUUACACUACUCUUACUCUGUACUACCUUACACUGCAUGGUGCUGUAUACUGUAUACUUAAUUUCAACAAAUUUGUUUCUUGGUAAAAUUAUGUACCGUAAUCUGCAAAAAAUUAACGCUUCGGUUGAGUUUAGCUCUGCUGAUUUUUAAAGCUGCUAAAAUAUAACAAUAGGAUAGGGUUAAAUGAAGUGUUCGUUGCAUAUCCUAGAAUAUUAUGCGCUAAUAUAGUUGGCUUCUGUUGCUCAUGAAUUGUGUAUUCAAAACAAAAGAUUGGGACACAAUGAAAAGAAAAAAAUAUAUCAUGAUGAAUUACAUGUUGUAAAGUUACACGAAUAAAUCUGUAAUGUUAUGUCACUGUAGUGAUAUUACGAGAAAUAAAUGCAAUGCGGUAUUAUCAGAAGGAAUUUGUAUUUUUCAGGAAAAAAUAAGUUAUAUUAUGAGAAUAGACGUUAUCAUAAAAUAUUGAGACUUCUUUUAAUAUUACCACUGCACACCUAAAUAAUUAUUGUCUUGUAAUAUUACGACUUUAUUUGUAAUGUAUUUUAUUAGUAUUGUUUUUCUUUUCAGUGUAUCCCUAAUACUCCUCCAUACCAAAGAUAGAAGGUGCAUAAAAAAAUAAAAUAAAAUAAAACACAGACGAGCACACAUUAGUUCUGACUUUACUUGCAGUUUUCUCAACAACAAAAAAAGAAGGCAAAAGACAAUGUAAUAUUUAUAUGUGAACUGGUUCCGAUGAUAUUUUCCCCCAAAAUAUUAAGUUAAUCAAACAUAAACUUGUUUUUUGUAUGUUUACAAUAAAAAAAAAUUGAUUAAAAAAAGUAUUAACUGGAGUUACAUUCAUUCAUUAAUUUCCUUGCAAUUCUAUUUUGCUGUUUAAAGACACACACGCUGGUUAUUGUCAGAGUAUGCAAUAAAAUUGUGUUGAAUCUGCA